CCAAUUAGGUAAUCUGCAAAAAGCCACCCAAUGUGGUGCUAAAAUCGACUAUUUAGAUAAACUAGGUGAUUAAAGUGCUUUCCUACCACAUUAACUGUGCUGGUCAAAGAGAAGGAAAUUAAACUUUUCUACUUGUUUAGCUUGAAGGACCAGAUGGGUGGUCGAAAGUAAUAUUUAAAAUGCUACGGGCUUCAUGUAAAUAUCAAAUAAGGGAGCCUAUUUCCUAUUAAUUACUCAACGUCUACGGUACACCACCUGUUGGAAAUAUAUGUAUAUAUAUAUAUAUAUAUGGUCAUCAUUAUAAACCGAAUAAAAAAGUGUCAACAACAAUGGGAGAUAAAAAAUUGAGCAAUAGGAAAACAAACAAAUAUUCGGAAAAAAGAAAUAGCAGUUAAGAAGCUCCAAGUAGGGAAUAGCAGUUAAGAAGCUGCUGCAAGUAGGGUGUGGGGAGAGAUUUUUUUAGAGGGACAGGAGGAAGAAGUCCUUUAACCUCAUCAACGUGCACACUCCACAAGGACCAACUCCUCCUCCUCGUUUCUAUGCCUCCCCACGGGCUCCUUUAUUUAAACUCCUUCCUCCCCCUCUCUCUCGUCACUCAGAAGCACCCAACAUCUCCUCCUCUUGCUCUUCUCCUUCUUCCCACUCAGUGCUCUCUGUGAGUCUACUUCCCUCUCCUGCUACAAUUCAGACAAAUCAAAGCCAGGAAUCCUAAGUACUUCAAACUCUACCUGAUAACCAUUUCGUUUCCCCUCUAAAACUCGACUCCCCAUCUUUUUUUUCUUUCUCUAAUAACUCUACAACACCAUACAGCCAACUCUCUCUCUCUCUCUCCCUCGCGGCCUAAAGAAGGAAAGAGAACAUACAAGGACAGGAACUGAAGGGGAGAGAAAUGGCGAGCCUGGUGCCGGACAACGUGCCGCUGUUCGCAGGGAGGUCUGUGUGGGUGAACGGGCCGGUGAUCGUGGGGGCGGGGCCGUCGGGGUUGGCGACGGGGGCGUGCCUGAGGCAACAGGGCGUGCCCUUCGUCAUCCUGGAGAAGGCCGACUGCAUCGCCUCGCUGUGGCAGCGCCGCACUUACGACCGACUGAAACUGCACCUGCCCAAGCGCUUCUGCCAGCUCCCGCGCAUGCCCUUCCCCGACCACUACCCGCAGUACCCAUCCAAGAAGCAAUUCGUCGAUUACUUGGAGCGCUACGCCGAUCACUUCCACCUCGAACCCACCUUCAGCACCUGCGUUGUCUCCGCCAUCCAUGACGACACCUGCGGAUUCUGGCGCGUGAGGACCUCCCGCGUCCAGGAUGGUAGCGCUGCCGACGCCGGUUCUGAGAUGGAGUACAUCUGCCGGUGGUUGGUGGUGGCGACGGGGGAGAAUGCGGAGAAGGUGGUGCCGGAGAUCGAGGGGAUGGAGGAGCAGUUCGCCGGGAAGGUGAUCCACGCGAGCGAGUACAAGUGUGGGGAGGAGUACAGAGGCAAGAAAGUGCUCGUUGUCGGCUGCGGCAACUCCGGCAUGGAAGUUAGUUUGGAUUUGAGUGAUUUUAAGGCAGAGCCCGCCAUGGUGGUUAGGGACUCGGUUCAUGUUCUACCGAGGGAAAUAUUUGGGAAAUCCACAUAUGAAGUAGCAGCGACCUUGCUCAAAUGGCUGCCCCUCUGGAUGGUGGACAAGCUGCUGCUCAUCUGUGCAAGAUUGGAGCUUGGAAACAUACAGAAGUUUGGAUUGAAGCGCCCGGCAAUGGGUCCCCUGCAACUCAAGAACACCUUCGGCAGAACCCCUGUCCUGGACAUUGGUGCUCUCAAGAAGAUCAGAUCUGGUGAUAUCAAGGUUGUCCCAGGGAUAAAGAAAUUCCUGUCUGGCAAGGUUGAGCUUAUUAAUGGCGAAAUCCUUGACAUCGAUGCAGUCAUACUGGCAACAGGAUACAAGAGCAACGUUCCCUCCUGGCUCAAGGAAUGUGAUUUCUUUGCUAGAGAUGGGUUCCCAAGGCAACCAUUUCCAAAUGGCUGGAAGGGGAAAUCUGGGCUGUAUGCUGUUGGGUUCACAAGGAGAGGUCUCUCUGGUGUUUCAAUGGAUGCAAUGAAGAUAGCAGAAGACAUUGGCAAGAUCUGGAAAGAGGAAACAAAGCAGGCAAAGCAAUUUGUUGCCUCCAGUAGAAGACGCAUAUCUCAGAUGUGAAAUUUCACGAUGUAAGAUGUAGUCGGGAAACCGAAUGUACACUAAGUAUAGAAAUACCAAUCAAAUAAGAAAUUAAUAAUUGGAGAGAAAAGACAACAGGCAACUGUCAUUGAUGCACCUAGUUUUGACAGAUGCCUGUGUUUUGUGUAAAAGGUAAGGGAGAUGUACAGAUCUAGCACAGAGAAGAGGAAGGGGUAUUUUGUUCUUUUUCUUGGGAUUUCCAAGGGUUUCCUGUUUCUGCAAAUUUUGUAUCAUCCUUCAAUGUUCAAUCAAUGAAACUAGCAGAUUCUCUAA